AGUAUGCUUUCGUUGUCACUCUCGCUUCCGUACGCCCCACGCACCCACCACUUGAUGCAACUCCGAGCUCACGUUGUGGUAAUGGCCAGUGGAAAAGAAAAUGUGUUUACUCAUUCAAUCACUUUCCACAGUUUUCCAAUAUCUCAAACGUGGUUUUCCUGUGUCCUGAUGGACAAAUAUAUAGGUAAGUUAGACACCUGUCCACAUUACCAGUCAACGUUUUGAACAGCAUCCUUUGGGUAAUUUGUGCCAUCGUUAAAGAAAGUUAAGAGAAGAUGAAGCUGCUUGUUUGUUGUCUCCUAGCCAUCACCUGUGUUUUGGUGGAUGCAGACAAGGGUGAGAGAAUCCUGAAGCUGACUGAAGUAAUAAAGGAAUUAAAAGCGCUAAACAAAAGUGUGACGCACAACAGUGUGAUGUCGAACGCUCCUUCAAUGGAUACGGAAGAGUGCUGUUCCCAGUCUGCCUUGGAGUGCUUCCGGGCGAUGGUACCUCAUCUCAAGGCCAAAAAUAAGAUCCUUCAGCGUAAAGUUAUCAAAAACCUCAACAACCGAAUGAUUUUGGGAAGUCUGGACUCCUGCAGUCAGGAGGAGAGAGAGAAAACAGUCUGCCAAGGAUGUGAUUCAUAUCCAAAGAACAGCCAGAAAUGUGUACAACAGUUGGAAUCUCUGCUUCAAAAGGCCAUCAGUAGACUGGCGUGA